CAGUCCGCCCUCUCCCCUUUUUUUAAACACAUUUUCUACACAUUUCUACACAUUUCUAUCCACGUAGACCAAAUGUGUGUGUAGUUAUGGGUGUGCACGACUUGUGGUCUAUCGUGGAGCCGGUUCGUGAGUCGGUGCCGCUGUACAGUCUGAGCGGAAAGACGCUGGCAGUUGACCUGAGUUUGUGGGUGUGCGAGGCCCAGCAUGUCCAAGCAAUGAUGGGGAGAGUCACCAGACCCCACCUCAGGAAUUUGUUUUUCAGGGUGUCGUCCCUCACUCUUAUGGGGGUGAAACUCGUCUUUGUCAUGGAAGGAGAUGCCCCUAAACUCAAAGCAGAAACUAUGAGCAAGAGGACAGAAAAAAGAUACGGAGGAUUUAAAAAGGCUGCUGCCCCUAAAUGCACAACAAGCACCGGCAGAGGGCGCUUUAAAGCUGUACUCAGAGAGUGUGCAGAGAUGUUGGAUUACCUGGGUGUGCCAUGGGUGACAGCUGCAGGGGAGGCUGAGGCCAUGUGUGCAUACCUGGAUUCACAAGGCCUGGUGGACGGCUGCAUCACCAAUGAUGGAGACGCCUUCUUGUAUGGAGCCCGGACUGUCUACAGGAACUUCAAUAUGAACACUAAAGACCCUCAGGUGGACUGUUACAGGACUUCCCGCGUUCAAACAGAGUUACAUCUCUCCAGAGAGAAUCUUGUCGGUCUGGCCGUCCUCCUUGGUUGUGAUUAUAUUCCUAAGGGGAUACCAGGUGUUGGUAAAGAACAAGCUCUGAAGCUCAUCCAGACACUGAAAGGACAAACACUUCUGCAGAGAUUCAUCCAGUGGAAGGAGGAGAAUGCAGGUGUGUCUGAGGGAGUCGUAAAGAAGGUUCCUCACUGCCAUGUAUGUCGACAUCCUGGCUCAGCCAAGGCACAUGAACGUGGUGGCUGUGUGCUCUGCGACAGUAAACGCUUCUGUCAACCUCAGGAUUUUGAUUACCAGUGUCCUUGUGACUGGCACCGCCAUGAACAGACCCGCCAGGCCUUGUCUGUUGAGGCAAACAUCAGGAAGAAAACACUAGCAAAUCAACAGUUCCCUUUUACAGAGAUUAUUAGUGAGUUUCUGGUUUCCAAGGAUAAGCCUGUGUCACAUUUCAAGAGGAGAAAGCCAAAUAUGCUGUUAAUACAGAAAUUUGCCUUUGACAAGAUGGAGUGGCCAAAGCACUACACCAGUGAAAAGGUUCUAGUCUUGAUGACGUAUGCAGAGUUGAUGAACAGAAAAUAUGGAAGAGAGAUGUCUUCACAAAUCAAGCCCCUACGGAUAUUGAAACCGAGAGUGAGGAACGCGGUUGCUUGCUUCGAAGUCAUCUGGAACACACCAGCUCAUUACGUCUUUCCUGAGGAUCGGCCUGCGGAGGAUCAGCAUGAGGUGAGGACGGUGGAGGAAGAGUCUCUCUUUCGUGUGGCCUUCCCAGAGCUGGUAGAGAGCUACCUGAGGGACAAAGCUCUGGCUGAAGAGAACAAGACAAAGAAGAGGAAACCAAAGAGUAAGAAGGAGAAGCCGUCUGAGGGGUGUGAUAAUAUUUCUGACCUCUUGGCUCAGAUGACCCUUCAGAGUUCCUCUUCAGCAACUGCUACUACUCAACCACAAACGCUGCUCCAUAGUAUUUCAAAUACAGAAGAGGAAGUGGUGGUUUUGGACACUCCGGUGAACCAUAAACAGCAUCGAAAACACAAAGAAGGCUGCAGUUCCCUGAGUGAUUGUCCCAACACUCCUGUGUCUCGUGCCGACUCAGAGGCUGAUGCGUCACCUUCUGUCUCCGCUGUUAUCGACGCGCUACACCUGAGUGAUAUCGACUGGGAUGCUUUGUCCUUCACAUCCUCCCCACCUCCUCCGCAAACGUCACCUAACAACACCGCAGAGACUAAACCGCGUGAAACAGCAGACGAUGAUGUGAACGAAACAGGAAACACCAAGCUGAAAACCUCAAGCGACAUCAAACAAGCCGAGUCCAAAGCUGCUCCAGAGCUGUGUUACACAGAGUGUUCUCUAAGGGACAGGGUGCUCAUGAGAAAUACAGCCAAAGCUAUGAACCAGAUGGAUGUAAAUAAUGAUGUGGUCUCAAAACAACUACACUAUGAAGUCGCCUCUCAGGAAUGUGUUUCAUCUCAUUCCUCAAACUUAAAACCAAAUGCACAGAUCUCCAUCAAAGACAGCGAUGACAGUAAGUCGACAGAAAAGGAAUCAGCUGUUAACAAAAAAGAACCGCUCACUGACAAAGGCCAGUGUGUAACAGAAACUCACACUUCAACACAGCAGUUAAUACUUGCGGUACAAGCUCAGAGUAAGACAAAGGACUCCAAAAAGCCUCCUCAGAAAUAUAAAUUUGUCAGGAACGCCGUUUUAUCAUCUGCUGGCCCACCACAGAGGUGUCACUCUGACCCAGGUCAUAGCAACAAAGACAGAAACAUGCACACACAGACCACCAAGAAGAGCGUGUGUAUGAGCGUGUGUUCAUCCAGUGAGGACAGCGAUGCAGAGAACCAGCAGUCUGGACCUCAAAGAAGGACAAAGAUUAAACCCGUAAACAAGAUCAAGGGCAGCUUCCUUUCAGAUUUCCCCCUGAAACCUGUUUCUCAAACAAGCAAACCGGCAACAGCUCAUAGCAUUAAGUUAUUAGGACCAAAACCUCAGAGGCAGAAUGUAGAUGUUAAGAUAAACAGUAUUCCUGCAUCGACUAAAAGCAACUGCCAGGAUGUCCCACCGGCUAUUGUACACAGUGAUGUGUUCCUUCAGACUCCAGCAUCACCUGUCAUUGUGUCAGAUAGUGAUGACUCAGUGAUUUGUAGCGAGAGCCCGCUGCCGUUAGCAGAGAGACUGAGACUGAAAUUCCUGAAGUGAGCUCCAUGAUUACAGGAUGGACAAGAGCAUGUAAGAUAUUUAAUGAGUGUGAAGGUUAUGGUAAUGAAAUGGUAAUUUGACAAAAAAAAUCACCAAGGUCUUAUUUAAAUAAGCUUUUUCUGGAACCACAUCUCAGAUAUAAUUAUUCAAAUAAAUGUUAUUUGUGAAUGUUUUGUUGCAACAAAGUGAUGCUAAACCAUAACUAUUAACUAAACCAAACUUACUGUGAUCCUGAGCCUGAAUGAAAUAGUUUCUGUAAAGUAAAUCAGGUUGUACAUAAACACAUUUUCAUGUUUUAAAUGCCAAUUUAUAGUGUUAUAGUGUUAAUUAGUGGACCUUUAGAUAACAUUUGUUUGUUGCCCUUUUGUUUCUUUACAUAGGUUUAUUUUUAUAUUUUUUUUUAAAUUGAAUUGAAGGAAACAACCCUCACAACUGAGAAAACAUCAUGAUUUUGGUAAAGGUGUGUCAUUAGAUGUUAGUUUGGAUUUAUGUCAGGAAAUUGUCUAAUUGUGUGGUCAAUGCCCAAAACAUGAAAUUGUUGAAAUAAAAAAAGUGCUUUGAGAA